AUGGCGCCUCGUGGACGCGGUAGAGGCCGUGGUAGAGGUCGUACUAAUGCUUGUGCACCGGAGGUUAACCCUAAUGACCCGGUGAACCUUAUGACUACGUUGGAAAACAUGGCUGCUGCGAUGCAAGCCACUGCUGAAGCUCUUGUGCAACGGAUAAACAAUCAUGGCAAUAACAGAGAUAGAGCUCAGGGACCAAUAGAGGUCAAAACUUUCUCUGUGAUGGUAAACAAGUGUAGGGUUGCUGAAAAGUGUGUGAAGAAGGCAGCCGCUGAGAGAGGAAAUCACAAGGGACCAUUCCCACAGAACCAAGGGAAGAACUUUGCACCUAGAGGUCCGCCUUUCAAGUGGGGAAGUUCUUUCAGGAGGCCCAACAACAAUAACUCCCAAGGAAAAAGGCAACUGAACAAGGUCACAAUAAAGAAUAAGUACCCAUUACCGAGAAUUGAUGAUCUUAUGGAUCAGCUACAAGGAGCUGGAGUUUUCUCCAAGAUCGAUUUGCAAUCCAGUUAUCACUAG